CGGAGGAAGGGGCGGGGGCUGCGGGCGGCAGGAAGCGUUGGCGGGCGGCGGGCUCGGCGGCCGGAGGAGCUCGGGGUGCCCUGCAGGUGAAGAACAAAACAUGACCGAAAUAGAUGCCUUCUAUAAAAGAGAAAUGUUUGAUCCGGCAGAAAAGUACAAAAUGGACCACAAAAGGAGAGGAAUUGCUCUAAUCUUCAAUCAUGAGAGGUUCUUCUGGCACCUAACCCUGCCGGACAGGCGGGGCACGAGCGCAGACAGAGACAAUCUGAUGCGCAGGUUUUCAGAUCUGGGAUUUGAAGUGAAAUGCUUUAAUGAUCUUAAAGCAGAAGAAUUGCUGUUGAAAAUUUACGAGGUGUCAACCUCUAGCCACGCAGAUGCCGAUUGCUUCGUCUGCGUCUUCCUGAGUCACGGCGAAGGCAAUCACAUUUACGCGUAUGACGCCAAAAUUGAAAUUCAGACCUUGACUGGCUUGUUCAAAGGAGACAAGUGUCAGAGCCUGGUUGGAAAACCCAAGAUAUUUAUCAUUCAGGCCUGUCGGGGGGACCAGCACGAUGUGCCCGUCACUCCUUUGGAUGUCGUGGACCACGGGACAGACAAGCUGGAUGCCAACGUGACCCAGGUGGAUGCGGCCUCCGUUUACACGCUGCCUGCUGGAGCCGACUUCCUCAUGUGCUACUCUGUCGCAGAAGGUUACUAUUCCCACCGGGAGACCAUCAACGGCUCGUGGUACAUUCAAGACCUGUGUGAGAUGCUGGCGAGGUUCGGCUCCUCCUUAGAGUUCACGGAACUCCUCACGCUGGUCAACAGGAAAGUGUCCCAGCGCCGAGUGGACUUCUGCAAGGACCCGAGUGCCAUUGGAAAGAAGCAGGUGCCCUGCUUUGCCUCCAUGCUAACGAAAAAGCUGCAUUUCUUCCCAAAAUCCAAGUGAGAGGGGCUCUUUUAUGUAUCUGUCUUCAAAAUAGAUUUCCUUUUUUACAUAAAUAAGUAUCAGUAGGUUUAAGCUUAUGGUACAACAAUUGAAGAUGUUUUAAGGUUUAAUGAGAGAGCUUUUUAAAAAAAUAGUUCCUAUUGGACAAGGUGCAAGGGUGUGCUCUGCAUAGAAAGGGAAUCUCAGGGACUGACUUAUAGAUCCCAGCCGCAAGGCUCUGCAGUGCUUGAUUUUCACAGGAAGCUGCAGGGUUGCGCAAACUGUCGGGCGAUGUAGCUUGUAUUUUAUAAGCAUUUAUCAUGUUUUUAAAGGAUUUCUGAAACCCAAGAAUUAUAAAGUUGUUUUCCAUUAUUUCAAAUUCAUGUUUUAUUAAAUUUUUCUAAUUUACAUUCUUA